GAUAGCAUCUGAACAACCGCAGUCGUUUUGGUGUUGAAUUUCAAUAAAAAUGUGCUUGAAUGUAUAUGUUUAGUUUUAUUGUAAUUUCUGAUUGUGUUUUGUGGUUCAAUAUUGGAUUAAAUCAACUAAAAAAUCAAACAUUGGGUCCUUGAGAUUGGGUCCAGGAUACUUCUAAUUUCAAUUCUCUAGGGGAGUGGAUGCAGACUGCACCCAGCUUGCGGCACAAUGGUGUAUGAUGAACGAACGCGGCUGAAGAAUAGCUGACCCGACUGUCUAGGGCUCGCCAUGAGUGGGCCCCGCAACGACACCCCCCAACCAGAGAAAGAACCGAUUCAGUUCGAGGUGAACCUGAAAGGUGCACCUGAUGAAUUGGUCCAACUGGUUCAAAACAUAAAAGAGGUUGGCGAACAGUUCCUCUACCAUUGGAAAACCUUUCCAAUAAUACUACCACCGCCGGUCAACGCCACAGUACCUCAUGGAUCACUCGCUAGUAACAACACCGACAUACCUUAUAUCACAGGUGGUUCGGGAGAAGGAUGCUGCACGCUCGCGAGACGCGCGAACCAGCAUCGGCCGAACAGUUUGCGCGAACUGUUCAUAGCGCCGUCGUUCGAUGAGUUGGACGCGGUUGCAGUCGACUCGAGCGGCGAGCCGCGCCGCCUCACCGGGAAGCAGCUGGAGUCGCUCAGAGAGAGAGGCUUGCACAAGGAUAAGUUUGGGAAGCCGAAGGCGUUGAAUAGUAGUCAGUUGGUGAACAUAAGGAAAACUGGUGAGUUCGAGGUGCCGAGUUUGAAUUUUGCCGGGCAAACGCACAAAUGGCGGCUGAGCGGACUGCUACAGAAGGGCACGGAGCGAACGAGAGACUCGCUGCUCGACGACCUGGCACUGGCGCUGCGAUUCAUCCUCAUCACGGCGCGGGCGAGGCUCGUGUCGCACUUCUUCAGCCUGUCGCAGGCGCUCGCCUCAUUCGUUACCGGUGCUCUCAAACUUCUCGAUAUUCUGAUUGGUGUGCCAUCACUGCUUGCUCAUAACCUGGACGCUAAACUCAGAGAGGAAAGAUGCCGCUAUCUUGUGGCAGAACUGGUUUGUAGGAGAGAAUUUGAAGAUUCGUUAGAGUUAUUAUGUGGAUUUGUACGUCGUCAGUUGAAAAGAGCUGCCACCGAAAAAUUUGAAGUGGAACGUGAAGCCUCCCAUCCUCCCGUACCAAUACCGUAUUUAUUUCUAACACCAAAGGGCGUUGAACUGGAUUUGAGACUGUAUAGUAAAGAUAUUAUGAAGAAAGCUCUUCCGAUUUUAGUUUCGAUUUUAGAGAAGGAAACACGAGGCUGGUUUCUUCAUUUUAGAGAGCGACUCAUCUCUGAACUGCGUGCUCAAAAACUGCCUGAUGAAGAAAUUGAAAAGGAAGUAAAUGAGGCUGUGAUGAAGGAGUACCUCCAGAAGGUGUAUUCUAGCAUAUUGGCCAAUCCAGAACUGAAAGGUCUGGGCGAUGGAAUUCCACAACUCCUAGUAGAACAAGCACAGUCUGUCGUAUUAAUGCAUAGAGCUGUAGAAAAUGUACAAAGGAAACUGACAAAGAUGAAGGAGAAUCUCAAACAGAGACUGGAAUACAUUCAUCCUAUUCUGUCGAGGAUAGGUCCGUGGAUCAGGGAUAAGCUACACAAAGCUGAGGAGAGCUUCAUAGAAGAGUGCAAGUGGAGUGCUCAUGAAGAAGCUCUACUUCUGUGUAAUAACCAACAUCUACAGCAGACUGUCUAUUUCCUACAUCGUGACCUGACCUUCAUGAAAGAGCGUGAGCCUGUAUUGCUGAAAGAGUUGAGGAAAGUGAAAACUCCGACGAGGACAUUCCAAUGGAGAACGCAGAUCUGGUUUCCGAGGAAUUGGAUCGUCAGAAGAUGCUUCCAAGGUCAGUCAGAGGUGAUUCCCACUGUGUUGAGUGCCACUGCCACCUCCAUCACCACGCCAAGAUCUGAUCCUAGCCAGCCUGUUUUCCUGGUUGAGAAAGAAGUAGUUCGGACGACGACAACACGAUGGCCGCUGUGGAGGUGGAUCAACUAUUGCCAUAGAACAUGGAGUUGGACGUGGAAUGCGCUAUUCUUUUUCGGAGUUGUAAUACCAUGGUGCAGCCCGGUAUCAUUGCGAGCAUUGUUUUGCAUGUCACCUUUCACACCGGACCUGGAGCUGUCACAAGUCAACGGCACACUCUUCCCGCGCAAAAGCUCUCUCACUCCCACCCUAGCCUCUCGCCUCCUCUCGCUCUGGAGGCAUAUAUCGAAAUCGAGAACGCACUUCGAAACCAAGCCGGACACAGGGUUCAUCGGGAAAGGAAUGACACGACACCUGAACAGGAUCUGGAAUUACGGCGGCAAAGGACUGCUAGGAACGCUGGGCAUCAUCCUUGUCUUCCCGUUGGUGUGCCUCACAGUCAGUGGGCUCAGUUUGCUCAUCACUCUCACUGCUUUUCUUUGGAUGCCAGUUCUGACGCUAAUGCUGCAGAUGAGCAUGGCACUGGUGUACGACGUGGAUUGUCCUGUGGGAGAGAGGAAUCGCUACGUGGUGGUUCUGGAGGCGUUGAUCUGGGACAUAUUUGUGUGCGGCAUGUUGCAGCCGCUGGCCGCCCUAGCAGUUGCAUCCACUGUCUGCCCUUUCAUAUCACUUGUCAUCGUCACAGCUGGAUUACUGAAAUGCUGGUUGAGGCUGGCCUGGGACACGAUUGUGUUCCACAUGAUGAUCAAGAAGCGAGGUCGCAUUCCUGCUUGCGAUAGUUUCGUUGUCAAGAGAAUAGCUGGCCCUGGUCUCACCAAUGACUACUAUUUCCAGAUUAGGCCAGAGCAGGCUUUGGCUGCUUUUGAGGCAAAAUUGGAGCUCGAUGAGUUGUCUGCCUUUCAACAUCAAAUCGAAGUGAAGAUUCUCCAACCUCAAAAGGAUUUCAGUCAAUUUGUUGAAGCCUGCUUUGGUCCAUUCUCUUGUUCACUGGCCAGAGUUGGUCCCUAUAAGCGGUUAGAAAGAGAAGGUCAGGAUCUGCUCAACUGUUUGCAUGAGAAGCUGGAUAAGAGAAGGAGAGAACUGCAGACCGGUCUUGCUCCCACGCUUCGCACCAAACUGCGGCUCAGCCAACUCGAUCUCAAGAUAUGCAUACAGCAGGGCGCAUUAAUGCUGGAGAGGUUCUAUCCAAGCCAAGUGAUGGCGAGGUGGGGGGACACCCCGACCGAAGAGGAGUUCUGGGAGAACAAAGGACUGUGUGUCAACGACUGGGCAAGUCUUGCCUCUCUCAUCUAUGCUGACGUCUUUUCUCUUGACUUUCUCACACCUCUAGACGACAGCGACACUAAAUUCAGACUGGAGCCUUCUCCGCAAGUGGACCUGACUCGAUACACGGAUCUGGUUCGAGGUGCCGAACUGGGCGCUGGCUGCCUGGACUUGCUGGGCCCCGUCUAUGCACCUCGUGGCAACAUUCAGGUCUACUCGCCCUACCUGGACGUGUCUGCCUUCAGUCCCCGCCACAAGCAUCUCAGUCCCAACAAGAGCAGAGAUACGAACAGCUCGUGCGUGAGCACGUCAGGGAUGACUGGGUCGGCUUUGGCCACGCAGACUACGCCAAACAAGGCCGACGACAAGUGCUGGAUGCCGUGGAAGCGCACCAGUCGCCCCUACAGCGCCGACAAGCUCAUGAUCCCCCUCCCCGUGCCCCACCCCGCCCACAUCGCCAUCACCAUUCACAACCGUGACACCGACGACGUCAUUCCACUCGACUCUGACAUCUGUCACGAGAUUCUCAGAGCCGUCGAAGACAGCACCCAGGAGUGUGUGGGGGUGGCGAGGUACCGUGGAGGCGGUGGAGGUGUUGAGAGCAGCUUCGACUCAGUCGAGUCUCGCAGUUCCGACUCUGAGGAACCUCGUCUGCCCACCCCUCCUUCCCCACCCAUCAUGACAGCUGUUCCAAUGCCCCCCAUUCAAGGUCAACCCAAGGUCAACCAAGAACCACGCUCCACGGCCCAGGAGCCAAGCCAAGGUCAGGCGUUCAACUGGCGGCAGGGCGAGUGGGGCAACGCGACCCGCCGCAAACGCAACUCGGGGACGGUGCGGGUCGACCUCGCGUCACCCGAGGACGUCACACUCGACACGGACUCUACUAGGGUGAUUUUCAGUUCUUACGGCACCACUGUAUAGCUGGGUGUCAUUCUCCUGCUUUUCAGAUUCGUUCGAAUAUCUGUUAUUUGAUUGAUUAGUCUAUCAGAUUUCAGAUUCGUUCAAAUAUCUGUAAUUUUAUUGAUUAGUCUAUCCGAUUUCAGAUUCGUUCAAAUAUAUGUAAUUUUAUUGAUUAGUCUAUCAGAUUCAAGUAUUUAUUCCUUCAAGUAUUUUACAGUAAAACAAGAAACAAACUCAAUACUACGGAAAUCCUCCACAAAGACUAAACGUCUGUUCCAUAGACAACACAAGCAAUCACGAAGUAAAAUAAUUACGAUAGAAAAAUAUAAGCUUGCGAAUGAAAUAAUAAGUAAGCAAGUAAGUUGCAAGGAGAAGUACGAUUGUAAACGAGAACAAGGUGAAUCAGAAAGUGAAAAAUCAUAGAUUUUAUCAUUGAAACACCUUUUGUAAUGCGGCUCUGAAGUCACCGUAAGACGUGUGCAGUUUAUCAAGCAGCGCCUGACGAUUGAAAAAGGUGAGCUCAGACGUGGCGAUUGGUCCUAGGGUUUCAUGCGGAUCUGAAAACAUUCCCGAGUCGCUCAGCGUCGGCGGGGCUUCUUGCGAUUUCCAUUGCACUGCUUUCACCUGAAUAUUCUUCCCAAUAUUGCAUACAUUUUGAAUUGAGUACUGUAAUGUAUCAAACUUCCCAAGAGGAAUAAGCUUUCAAAAUCGCUGGAUUCAUUCACCUGUUUACGAAGUUUCUCCUGAAUUCUCAGACUAUCCUUAUCAAAUUUUGCUACAUCCAUUUGAACUCUGGUGGACAAUUCUAGAA